AUGAGAAAAAGGCCCCUUUCACUCCCUUUGGGAUCUAACGGCCCCACGGACGAUUCGGACACAACUAGUCAAAGAAGAAGGAAAACCCACCAUUAUUCUUACGCCAAUCUAAUUACUUUUGCCAUCAACAGUUCUAAUAAAAAGAAAAUGACUUUGAGUGAAAUUUAUCAGUGGAUAUGUGAUAAUUUUCCGUAUUAUAAAGACGCUGGUAACGGCUGGAAGAAUUCAAUUCGACAUAAUUUAUCAUUGAAUAAAUGCUUUUUAAAAGUUCCCCGAUCAAAAGAGGACCCUGGGAAGGGUUCAUAUUGGGCAAUAGACAGCAAUCCACAAGAAGAACCCCUUCCAAUCAGAACAGUGAGAAAAAGAAAAUUUGAGGAGACCCCUUACAGUCCCGAGUCUGGUCAUAGUAAUUCAAGUAUGGGGUCACCAGUAUCAGCGAAUAACCUUAGUGUACAAGUUACAACAGUUCCGAUCUCACAGUCACAGACCCAACCGUCAAAUCAAGGUUCAUUUAUCGAGAACAACUCCCAUAUCGAACAAGACUUGAGUGCGUCUUUUAGAAGUUUAUAUAAAUCCAUAUUCGAAAAUCCACCAGGCUCGAGCACCACAUAUCUGAAUGGUUCAAGUCAUACAGGAAAUCACCUGGCAUCAUCGGGCACAGAUUUCUUGCAGAAUUUGGACACACUGAAGGAAAGUUUGAGACUGGCUGGAACCGGAACUUAUAACUGGCAGGACAUUGAUAUUUCACAAUUCCAAGGUUUGGUUGACACUAUGAAGCAAGGUGAAAGUGCUAACUGGUCUUUUAAUCCGGAACAAUUUGCUGACCUUGCCUCCUCUCUCAGCAAUUUUUUCCACCAGACAGGAGGAAAUACACCAACACGUAACCUACCUGGCUCACAUUAUGAUCUUAAUACAGGUCAAGGUCCGAUGUUUAAUGGUACAAGUAAUUUGACAUUAAAAGUUCCGUUAGAUAUACAGGGAAUCAGCCCGCAGGUGUCUCCGGCCUCAACUACUGACAGUUUUGUAUCAAGUCGGCCUCGUGUAGAAGUACAGCCUGUAAAUUAUACAGUCCCAAAUAACCACAUCUCUGUUGAUGACAUAGAAGAAGAUUUCACAGACUGGGACAAACUUUUAUGAGGUGAUAUACCAGACUGAAGUGAGGAAUUCCGUGACACAGUCAACACAAUAAAUAUGGCACUACAGACUGUGACCAAACUUUUAAAAGACUAGAGAACCAGACUUGAAUAAAAGUUUGUGACGCAGUCUACUUCAAAAUGGCAGACAAGUGUGCAAAAUUUGAGUUCUGUGUAAGUUUUGAAAAUGUGACGGGCGGUCAAAUGAGUUGUUGAGUUUGUUAAUAUAUUGUUAGCUGUAAAACAUUUAAUAUGGUGGUUUUGAUUGUGAGAUAUAUUUAAUAUGAAAAGAAGAGUGGCUACUUUGAUCCAAGAUUCCUUGUUAAGUGCUCAUUAUUUGAAAUGAGGUUAUCAUAUAUGUAUGUUAUGCCAAAUGCUGUAUUCAUGAAACUUCAUUGUCAACUCUCAUUGUAUUCAUUGCACAUAGUUUUUAGUUUUCUAGAACAUUUUGAAAAUUAGGUUAAACAAAUGUAGAUAUAUUUUAUUGUAAUGGUUUUAUCAUGUUGAUCUGUUGUUAAAUUUAUAAUAUAGAUCAUGUAAGAAUCACUCUGCUGAAUUGUGUACUGUAGUUUGAUGAACAGUGACUAGGGUUCACUGUGAAUCCUAUUUUCUAGAUAUAUAUAUUUUGUAUAUAAGCUGGUCUUUUUAAAAUCAUACCAUAUCAAAUGUAUGUAUUCAAAAAAUGGUAGAAAUAUUUUCUUUUUCAUUGAUUCUCUGUCAGAUGUGUCUUGUUAUGUGUAUUAAGAAUGUUUGUUAAAUCUUAGUUUUAUGUCUUCAUAUUUAUUUUUGUAAGGUGUUGAAUGUGCUACAAAGCAACGGUUUUACUGCUGGGUAAAAAUAAUGUAGUUAAAAAAAAUUUGAACCUGAUAUUUUCUCAGGGGAGUGCAAUCUGAUGAUAUGAGAAUUUUCUAUGAGGAAAAUUAGAGUUAUGCCCCCUCUUUAAGAGCUCUUCAUAAGGGGAGGUGUGCAAUAGAAAGAUGUUAAGAUUUUGUUUGUGUUGUUUUCUUUUUCUCUGUGUUAAAAUUCCUUUUGUUAUGAUUGUUUUGUUGAUUUUCAGUGUACUUCACAUUCCAUAAACAUCAAAUAUUUUUUGUUUUUUUUUGUUUCCUGCCAAGUAAGGCAUUAUGAAAUAGAGCUAGCAAAGUUAUAACAAUAUUCUGGUCCAGAACUGGGUUAGCCGAUAUUAUUUUGCUAGUUCAGUACUGGUCUUUUUAAAAACCUAAUAAUUGUUUCAUGAAUAUUAUUACAAUUGUCAGAAAUAAAAUAUUGCAAUGCCAUAUCAAGCAGAAAUGAUAGCUCUUUCUACAAUAAAAAAUGAAAUUAAAAAGAAGAUAUUUUAAAAUGUUGCAAGUGUGUUUUAUAUUUCUUAUGUUAAAACAUCUUUAAUCUGAUCUCAUUGUUAAAUUAACUUCUGUUCAAAUUCAGUAAGACAUUGUUUGUGAUUAAUCCCACAGAAAAUAUGCAAAUAGAUUAUGCAGAUUCCAGUUGGUCACAUGAUUUUCUAUGUCUAAAUUCUGUCAUGGUUUUGCUAUGUCUAAAUUCUGUCAUAAUUUUCUAUGUCUAAAUUCUGUCAUGGUUGCUAUGUCUAAAUUCUGUCAUGGUUUUGCUAUGUCUAAAUUCUGACAUGAUUUUCUAUGUCUAAAUUCUGGCAUGGUUUUGCUAUGUCAAAUUCUGUCAUUGUUUUGCUAUGUCUAAAUUCUGACAUGAUUUUCUAUGUCUAAAUUUUGUCAUGGUUUUCUUUGUCUUAAUUCUGAGAUGAUUUUCUAUGUCUAUAUUCUGACAUGAUUUUCUAUGUCUACAUUCUGACAUGAUUUUCUAUGUCUACAUUCUGACAUGAUUUUCUAUGUCUACAUUCUGACUUGAUUUUCUAUGUCUAUAAUUUGUCAUGAUUUGCUAUGUCUAAAUUCUGUCUCAUAUUUGUUUUAUUACUGACAAAAUAAACUUGUGUCUUUCAUAAUUAAAACAAUUGAAAGAAUUCCAAAACAAUUUUUAUCAUUUUUUUUGACAGAAAUCAAAGAUUUCCUGUAUCAGUGAAAUCCUGUUAUAAUAUUUUUGAGUGUUUUUGAAUAUUUUGUAAAUUGCAACAUUUUAUGUAAAUAUUUGACAUACUGGUCAACAUGCUACUUAACUUGGCAAUCAUUGAUGAUAAGUUUGGUUUUGAUUUGAAAAAUAUUUAAUUUUGUCUCAGUAUUUACUUUAAAGGGACUCCACUGAGGUUUUGUGACAUGACAGUACUGGAUAAUAUUUUAUGAGAUUUAUGUACCAUUUUAUGUUUAAGGUCAUUAAUUUUGCUCAUUCUAUUCUUCCAGAAAAAUUAUUUUCACUGUACAAAAUGGUCCCAAAAAAUAAAAACCAUUUCAACAACUUAACUUGUAUCAAGCUAUAAAAAUGUUUUUGGGUUUAAUUCUAAGUAUAUUUCUUUAUCAUCCUUAUCAUAUCUUUCCAUUUUAAAUGCCCCAGUUGCUUUAAAGAGAAGAGAAAUUCAAAUUUUAUGUUUUAAGAUUUUUGACCUCAGUGGAGUUCCUUUAAGAAAUGAUAUCAGAUUUUGUAUUAUUGGUUCUCAUUGGGUUUUAACAAGGCUUCAGAAUUUUGAUGUGAAGGAAUUGACCACAAAGGUCAUAGCUUUAUUCAUAUACAGUUAUGUACAGCUAUACACCUUCUUUAUGCAUAAGAGAAUUAUUGCAAGUUAUGUUUUCAUUGAUUUCAUUUUCAGGGUUCAGUUUGUAUGAGCUUGUCAUAAAUGUAAAACACGUUUCCAAAAAAUGAUCAUUCAUUUAAUUUAGAUAGUCACAUUAAGACAUUAUGUAAUUUUACAACAAGGACACUUUAGUGAUGCAGUAUAUGUAGCACUUAGUUCAAUGAUGCGAGUGACCCAUAUUUAUGUCCUUUUUGUUUGCUAGCCUGUGUUAAAGUGUUAUAUGCCUGUCAUCAGUAUAGUGCCAGACUCUCCUGUACACUAAUGCCAGUCUUACCACUGUGGACAAUUAAAUUCUUUACUGUGGACAAUUAAAUUCUUUACUGUGGACAAUUAAAUUUUACUACUUUGACCUUUAAAAUAACCCUUAACUUGCUGGAACCGAUAGUUAUAUGCCUUGCCACAGUAUAGAGCCAGGCCAGCCUGUACAUUUGUGCAGUAUGACCAGGCUCUAUUUUAGUAUUUUUAUAUUGAAAUCCAUUAAAGUUUUAAUGGACUGUCCCAAAUUCAAAUCUUGGCAAGUCCAUUAUAGAAAUAUAGCAAAAUUAAGAGUUUUAAAAAGCAGCAUGCCUAUAGGUUCAUACUAGUUUUCAUGAAAAUUUUGAAAAUUUAUUUAAAAGUAAAAUAUCCUGAACUGAACAAAGAUAUUAAUUUACACAUUGCAAAUGGCACUUACAAUCUAUGUGAAUUACCAAAAUGAGGUCAAAAAUAGCCCUUACUGCGUUAGUAACGCAGUAGAAAUAUCCGAUAAAUACCGCAAAAUUGGUCAUUGAUUGUACAUAGCAUGUAAAUUAUUACUUGAAACUUAAAUCUUGUUACUUUUCUUAAAAUUUUUGUACAGUUUUCUCAAGUUUGAGUUUCUUGAAAUAUUUUGACUUAUUCUGGAGGCAUGCAACUUUAAAUCCCAGAAAUGAACAUGGGACAGAUAUAAAUUCAAAUUAUGUCGAGACUGUACACAAAAAUAUUUACACUGACUGCUAAGAGACUUUUAUAUCUGGCUCGACAGUAACUAUUUAGGUCAGUAACAAGACUCUGCUGAAUUCUGGUAAACAUUUACAAGAGAGUUGGAUACUCAAGUCUGACAUAACUUUAAGCACUAGACUCGUUCUACUGGACUUGUUCCUGAAGGCUGAGAUACGAUGUCAUUCAUAGCACAUGACUUGUCUUGCACCUAGGCUGUGUAAGAUAUCAUUUUCCAGCAUCGGUGCUGACGUUAAAAAGUCCCAGUCUGAUAAGCAGAUAUAACACAUGUUAAGGCGGAAAAGGGUUCAAAUCUAUUCGGAGAACUUGCUGAGAUAGUCCUUUCUUGUACUGUAACAUUUUUGUUUUUACUCGCCCUCGGAUAUGGAUACUGAAUGCAUGAUUUAAUUUUUUCUUUUUAGCCAUGAACACAAUAUUAUUGAAUAUGUUAUUUUAUUACGUUAUUUAUUAUGAAAGAUAUAUUACUUUGAUAUAUACAUGUAUUUUUUUACAGUGAAGUUAUUUAUUUGUUUGUUUGAUUUUAAAAGAGUGCUCAACCUUGAAAUGAUUGCUUAUUGUGUAUUUACUUUUUGUCUCUUUCUUUAUAGAGAAAUAAGGUGUAUAUUAAAUUAAAUCACGAACAAUGUAGUUUCUGUGAAGCAAAGGAAGUGUUUGUCAGUAAAUAAUUUUUGAAAUUUCAAAAGAUUUUCUUUUUCAUGAGCAAUGAAAACCCUUUAAGGCAAAAAUGUAUCUUUGACAUAACUGUAUCUCAUAAGGAUUUAGGCUUUAAAAAGGAAAUCAAUUUCCUGUUUAGCUUAUUUUAAUGAGGAUAUAUAAAAAAGCCAAGUUGAAUUGGUAAAUUUUUUAUUUUGGAGUUGUCCCCCUUUAUCUAUUUAUAAUCUUCUAUUGCUGACAUGUUUAACAUUACUUUAAUUUAUAACCCUAGCAGUGCUUGAACUACAACUGUUAAACCUUUUAACCUGGUAAGUCCAAUUUCUAGGAAAUCAGUACAGUAUACUGUAAGGAUUAUGUGAUAGAAAAAACAACAACAUACAUUUAAAGUUUAAGUACAUGAAGCUAUAUGUUAAUUAUAGUAAAAUUUUGUUGUUUUCAUAACCUUAAGAUUUUUAACAAUGAAAGUCUAUGUAAUAUAAUAUAAAGAAAUAUUGUAUGUAAUAAAAUAUUCCGUAACAAAAAUUUCUGCUACUAUUCUUAAUAGUUUGGUGAUGAUUUCACUCAUGCACCCUUCACUUUCAAUAAAACUUUCAAUAAAUAUAGUUACUGACAAAUUUCUUUCUAUUUUCAUCACAAUAUAAAAAGUUAUUAUAUUUUUUCAAUCCACAGCAAAUAUAAAGGUUUAUACAUUUAAAUUCAAGUGAAUUAUGAAUGAAGGGGCAUUAAAUAUUAUAUUUGUGAAUAAAAAUUGAUGGGAAUAAAACAUUUUCUAUAAAAUUGGAAAUAUUGUUUUCCAAGAGAUGCAAACUACAAUAUUUAUAUAUUUUAGCAAAGUUUGAAUUUUAUUAUUAAAGGAACUGCACUGAGGUCCAAAAACCUAUAAAUAGAAUUUAAAUUUCUUACAUAGGGCAGUUAAAACAAAAA